UACAAAACAAAUACAGAUUUAAUACGUGAACAACGAAAAUGGAUUUUUUUGACAAUUUUAUCAAUUGCGUACUGAAUGUGACAAUUGUUGUGCUGGGUAUUAAGUUAAGUAUUUACAUUAAAAAAUUGUGUAAGGAUAAACUGAUCGCUGAGAGAGAAUUAGAAAAGGAUAUUGAUCGAUUAUACCACUUGCGGGAAAUAAUACGAUUUGAAAGUCGCGCCAAUCGGUCACACGAAGCUAUCGAUUAAUCGCAACAUUUGCGACACUGCGUGAAUGCUGUGGUGACUGCGACACAUCAACAAAACAAGUUGCGCAUCACUAAUUCUCAAAGCCCUUGGAACACACAUCAAUACAAUAAUAAGACAUAAUUUCGUAGUUCUUUGGUUGAAUUUCUUUCAAAAUUUUUCGCAACAUGGACGAGUCGGAACUGCUCUUCAAUUUGUUCUACUUCCUGCUGUGUAUGUGCGUCAUCUAUCCACCCGAGGAAUUCCAACGUUUGGGCUUCACCAUCGAGCAGCUGUUCUCGCGGUUUCUGGGCGAAGAAUAUCUCGAUUUUGUCGGCUAUCACAUACGCCGCACUUCUCUGAAUCUCUUCGUUCACAGCUGCCUGCCCGUCACAUAUUUCCUCAUCCAUCGCCUCAAGUUCUCAGUGUUUGCCACACAACAACCACUCGAAUACAAUGAACUUGAUCCCGAUUUCCCAAUGCCACAGGAAGCUGUGGCCUUCAAGACGCUCACUUGGAAGAUGGCGCAACGCUUCAGUGUUCUAGCUGUGCUCGCUGUGCCCGCCUUGAUCUUUAAUUGGCAUCAACACAAUUGGCGGCGUCAUCCUAUUAAUAAAACCUUGGCAAAAUACUCAAAUACUCCAGAUAGUUAUAGCGCGGUGUCCAGCGAUAUUGGCACCGAAUUCCGGCGUCAGGAUGUUUAUAAGCGGAAACUGAACUCCAUCAGUACUGUGAUUGCCACUGAAAACUGGAUCAUCAAGACGACCAUGUACAAUGUGAAUUUCGCUCAUCAGAGCAACACAACACUCAGCGUGGCCAAGGCGGAAACAUACAAUAUUUCGCAGCACGACCAGAACGAUACGCUGCAAAUGAUAAGCAUCAUUGUUCGUCCAAUGCGUCAGGGGGUCUCUGAUUUUCACAUUCGCAUCAAUGCCCUCGAGUUUCGUAGUCUGGAGGAUCGUGUGCGUCGCCCGAUUGCCAUACCCUCAAAUAUACAAUUCCAUCGCAGCGUUAUCGAUCGUUUUGUGGAUGUGUUCCGAGCACAAGUGGCGCUCAAUCCCAUCUUCAACUCGGAACCCAUUACAGACAAAUGUUUCGCCUGCAUGCUGGCCGAGCCGAAUAUCAAAAUUAACAAGCAAUGUGCCGAUCUAAAUCGGGCCGGAGCACCGUUAACCGAUGAGGCUUGCUGCUCCAAUUGCUAUUGUCGUCCCAUGUGGUGUGUGGAGUGUUUGGCUCGUUGGUUUGCGGCCCGACAAAGCGAUGUGGAUCGAGAGGUUUGGCUGGAACAGAAAUGCACCUGUCCGAUGUGUCGUGCCAAAUUCUGUGUGCUCGAUGUUAGCUAUAUAAGGCCAUCGAUGGCAACCAAUGCUAAUAACGCUGAGGCCUCAUGAUUUGGCAGCGGCAAGAGCAAGAAACUCAAAACAAACAACACACAGUUGAUGAAUUCAAAAAGAAACCUUAUGCUUUAUUGUUAAGAUUGAUGAAUUGAAUUUCUUACUAAAAAAUUAAGACAAUUAUAUAAGUACUAUGUAAAUGUAAAUGUAGCAUAGUUAAAGAUAUAUAUGCAUAUGCAAUGCAAUUUAGUGCAAUUAUCACGUUUUAAUACUUGUACAAUCUAAGCAUGAAAGAGAUAAUAAUGUUCAUAACUUUACUUUAUAUAUACUAAGUAAGUACAAUCGAUCUAUAAUAUAUAUUGUAUUGUAUAUAUAUAUAUAUAUAUUUA